AUGGCACAUGAUAAGGACUCUCCUAUGGAAGACUCUUUUAGCAUUGAUAAAAAAUUCCACAUAGAUGAAGAUCUGGGCUUCAUUCUGCCAAAUCCACUGGAGGAGCUACCCGAUAAGUAUGCUGACUGGAUUUUCAUUGCUAAAAAUCUGCCUGAGCUAAUAAAGACUGGACAAUUACGUGCAAAAGUUGAAAAGUUGCCUCAGUUCAGCAUUGAUGAUCUCCAGGAGCACAAGUUGCAACGCCUUGCUCGUCUGGCUCUGGGAUAUAUCACUAUGGCAUAUGUGUGGAAUCAGGGAGAUGAAGAUGUCCGUGAGGUUCUGCCAAAAAAUAUUGCUGUUCCAUACUGUCAACUCUCUGAGAAGCUGGGGCUCCCUCCUAUUUUGCUUUAUGCAGACUGUGUCUUGGCAAACUGGAAGAAAAAGGAUCCUAAUGGACCCAUGACUUACGAGAACAUGGACAUUCUGUUCCAUUUUCCUGGUGGGGAUUGCAGUAAAGGAUUCUUCCUGGUGUCCCUACUCGUGGAAAUGGCAGCUGCUUCUUCCAUCAGAGAAAUUCCCACAAUAUUUCAAGCAAUACAUGAGCAGAAUAUAGAUAAGUUAAAAGAAGCACUGCUUGUGAUAUCUUCUUGUCUACACCAAGCCCGUGAUGCUUUUCAUCAAGUAUAUGAUCAUGUUGAUCCAAAUGAAUUUUUUGGUGUUCUUCGCAUAUACUUGUCUGGUUGGAAAAACAAUCCCAAGCUGCCAGAGGGUCUGCUGUAUGAAGGGUUCUGGGAUACCCCCAAGCAGUUCUCAGGGGGCAGUGCAGGGCAAAGCAGCAUCUUUCAGUGCUUUGAUGUCCUCCUAAGCAUCCAACACAGUACUGGUGAAAUGCCAUUGAAAUUUGCUAAUGAAUUCCUCCAGGAAAUGAGGCAAUAUAUGCCAAAGGCUCACAGAGAGUUUCUUCAGUCACUAGAAAAUCGUCCAUCAGUCCGAGAGUUUGUAUAUUUAAAGGGUGACGAAGACCUGCAGGCAGCUUAUGAUGAGUGUGUGAAAGCUAUGGUGAACCUGAGGAACUACCAUUUGCAAGUAGUAACUAAAUACAUUAUAAUUCCUGCACAAAAGCAACAAAAACCUGAAGAUUCAGCCAAAGACACAGAAACAGAAACUAAAGGAACUGGAGGCACUGAUCUCAUGCAUUUCCUAAAGACUGUAAGAAAUAAUACACAGAGAUUCCUUUUGAAGGAUGAUUAA